GUGUCGAUUCCUCCAUCUUUCGCCCAAGUGCACAAACGGCCUUGAAUGCUCCCUCGUCCACACUGCAAGGCAUAUAACCUCAGCGUACCUGGCAACUACCUGCUAUAGCUUGCCGCAGCGCAGUGGGGUCAAAUUUAGAACAACGCACGUUCUGCCGCACGCCCCAGUCGCUAUUCUAAUCCUCUGUUGAUCUUGGGCAAACCGGUUUCAAUCCACGACGCAGGACACUUCAUCGACUUUGCUCGACCUUCCGUCGUUCCUGCCUGCAAAUCUUGGGCAGCAGCAGCGUGUACAUGCACCGCUUCUGCAUUGCGAAUUCGUCGCCAAUCUUCGAUACUAAAAUAGCCUCGGAGGAGAGCAAGCACGACCCACGUCGCGACCAGCCUCGAGCCCGCCUUUCACGCAGCCUUUCGACUGUCGACAUAUCACCACACAGCCCACACCAGCGCGCGCUGUAGCGCCUUCUCCGCCGAUUGAGCUGCGAUCACGUAGCAGCCGGCUCGAUGGGUGACUACGGGAAAUGGCACAACUUUUGUCGCGACAGCGGUAGCGGGUAUGCGACAAUUCCAGUAUGCAAUCUGUUUCUGGAGUCGCGAGCAAGAGGAGGACAACCGCCGUACUUCGAUGGAUGUCAGCUCACCGGCAUUAGCUUGAGCGGAGACGACAGACACCUUGCGAAUUUGGGCUCGAUACUGCUCUGCUUUAUUGCGAUACUGGCUUCGCUAUUCCUGCUAUGGCGGUCCGAACGGAAGAAGGCGGCGGUCGGCAGAAGAGAAAUGCAAUUCUUCCUCAUGGGCUUCAUCAUAAUCGAGAUCUGCGAAAUAUUCACCGUCGGAGGAUUUCCGCUUAAUGGCGCAACACGAAGAGGCUUUUCCGCUGUCCACAUCGCAGCGGUUGUGGCUACGACCUGGAUUCUCUUGAUGAAUGGUGCAGUCGGAUAUCAGGUCAUAGAUGAUGGAACUCCACUCUCACUGGCGCUCAUUUUUGGAUCUGCUGCUGCACUAUUCAUUGGCACUGGCUACAUUGCACUCGAUACAGGCUUCAGUUGGACGGGCUACUUUGACGACACACUGCGCGACCCGAACCAAGCCUACGCAUUGUACACACUGUAUCAACUGGUGCCGCUGGUGUUCCUGGUCGUAUUCUUCGUGCUCGAAGCAGUUCUGGUUCUGAAGGUUUUGGGCGAGAUCAGGCCUAUGUACUUCCUUAUUGGAGCUGCUCUGCUUUUCGCGAUCGGCCAGAUCUUCCAGUACGUGAUCAGCGUGCAUAUAUGCAACGGUACAGAUGGCAAAAUCAAUGGUGGCUUGUUUGAGACACUCUUCACAUUGCUUGCUGUCGUGACGAUAUGGGUCUUCUGGUCAAGUAUAACGGAAGACGACUGGCCAAUGCCUGCGACCGGAGCCGGCAGUACAUAUAACUAGGCGCCUUUUGGGUAAUACGGGAUAAUGCUUCGUGUUUUAGCAAAGUCAGAUCAGGCAGCUGGCAGUCCACAGCGCCGCUGUCAUGCGUAGCUCAUGGUCUUGAUGACUGUUCGAGCGAGUUGAGCGUGCUUGUUGGACUCGCUGACGAGUCUACGAAUCAUGUUGUGCAUAGCGUGUAUGAGAUACCUCCGAACGUUCCUAUAAUCUUUUCGACCGAA